GGAGAAAAGCUAGUUUUUCUUGUUUUGGUUUCUGUGUGCUUUCGGUAAAAUGUCCAGCUCCGAGAGUGACGGCAUGUCCGACGUGGAGGAGGCAGCAAGGGCUGCCGCAAACGGGGACGAUUCCUCCGACCAGGAGGAGAACGGCUCCGGCACGGACGGUGACGAAGAGCAGGAUGGACAGGCGGAAAAAGGUACCGACGUGAGCAAAUCGUGGGAAGACUUGGGUCUCAUCGACACGCUCUGCACCGCCUGCCGUGGGCUGAAAUGGAAAGCACCGUCGAAAAUUCAGCGCGAAGCCAUCCCGCUCGCCCUGCAGGGCAAGGACAUAAUUGGGCUGGCGGAGACGGGCUCCGGUAAGACGGGUGCGUUCGCCCUGCCCAUCCUGCAGGCCCUGCUCGACAAUCCGCAGCGCUAUUUUGCCGUCGUGCUGACGCCGACGCGCGAACUUGCCUACCAAAUAUCGGAACAGUUCGAGGCGCUGGGCGCUACGAUCGGUGUCAAGUGCUGCGUGAUUGUGGGCGGCAUGGAUCUGGUGACGCAAGCGAUACAGCUCGCCCGCAAACCGCACAUCAUCAUAGCGACGCCGGGCCGGCUGGUCGACCAUCUGGAAAACACGAAGGGCUUCAGCCUGAAGGCCAUCCGGUACCUGGUGAUGGACGAGGCGGACCGCAUCCUCAACAUGGACUUCGAGGAGGAGGUAAACAAAAUCCUCAAGGUGAUGCCGCGCGAACGGCGCACCUUCCUGUUCAGCGCCACCAUGACGAAGAAGGUGAAAAAGCUCGAGCGCGCCUCGUUGCGCGACCCGGUCAAGGUGGAGGUGUCGAGCAAGUACCAGACGGUGGAGAAGCUGCUCCAGUACUACCUGUUCAUACCGGCGCGCUACAAAAACGUCUACCUGGUGCACGUGCUGAACGAGCUGGCGGGCAACAGUUUCAUGAUUUUCUGCAGCACCUGCAACAACACCGUCCGCACGGCGCUGAUGCUGCGCGCGCUCGGGCUGGCGGCCGUCCCGCUGCACGGGCAGAUGACGCAGAACAAGCGGUUGGCGGCGCUGAACAAGUUCAAAUCGCAGGCGCGCCAAAUCCUCAUCUCGACCGAUGUUGCGUCCCGCGGGCUCGACAUACCGCACGUGGACGUGGUGCUGAAUCUGGACAUUCCCAUGCACAGCAAGGACUACAUUCAUCGCGUGGGGCGCACGGCUCGUGCCGGCCGGGCCGGGCAGGCGAUUACGUUCGUGACGCAGUACGACGUGGAACUGUACCAGCGCAUCGAGCAUCUGCUCGGCAAGAAGCUGCCCGAGUACAAGUGCGAACAGGACGAGGUGAUGGCACUGCAGGAGCGAGUGGCGGAAGCGCACCGUACCGCACGCAUCGAGCAGCGCGACAUCGAGGAGCGGAAGGCCAGCAAGGGAGGAAAGCGGGGCGCGAACGAUUCGGACGAGGAAGACACGGAACAGUUCAACGGAGUUAGGAAACGGCUAAAGCCGGGCAAUGCGAAGGGCGGUGACCGAGGGGGUCGAGGUGGUCGGGGCGGUCGCGGUGGCCGGGGUGGCAAAAGGGGUCGAAGAAACUAAGAAUUGGAGAGGAACAAUAAAAAGCAGUGUCUCGCUUGUACGCGAAAGAAACCGUUAAA